GGCGGGGACGGCGGGCUGGGGGCGGCGACGGCGAGGGGCCGCGCGCGGAGGGCGCCGGGCGCAGCAUGGGCGGCCCGCGGGCCUGGGCGCUGCUCUGCCUCGGGCUCCUGCUCCCGGGAGGCAGCGCCGCGUGGAGCGUCGGGGGAGCUCCGUUCUCCGGACGCAGGAAUUGGUGCUCCUACGUGGUGACCCGGACCAUCUCGUGCCAUGUGCAAAAUGGCACCUACCUUCAGCGAGUGCUGCAGAAUUGCCCUUGGCCCAUGAGCUGCCCGGGGAGCAGCUAUAGAACCGUGGUGAGACCCUCGUACAAGGUGAUGUACAAGACGGUAACCGCGCGUGAGUGGAGAUGCUGUCCCGGGCACUCGGGGGUGAAUUGCGAGGAAGGGGAAAACCCAUAUGGACGUGUCCAUUGGCAAUCCUCCCAGCUCUCAGAAGCAAAGCACCGCUUAGGUCCGGGCUGGCAUGGUUGGGAUGCUUGUAUCCAUCCUACAGUUGCAGGCUCCUCUGGCUUCGUGGAGCCCAGGUGGUCGGGCAACACCAUGCGACGGAUGGCGCUUCGGCCCACAGCCUUCUCAGGUUGCCUCAACUGCAGCAAAGUGUCAGAGCUGACCGAGCGGCUGAAGGCGCUGGAGGCCAAGGUAGCCGUGCUCACUGUCACUGAGCGGGCAGUGCUCCCAACCCCAGUUGCCCCUGGGGACCUCGUCCCACUCUGGGGCUCCCCAGCAGCCCAAGGCAGCCCUGGGGAUGGAGGCCUCCAAGGACUACCCGGAGCCAGAGAGAACAUGAGGGCCCCACUGCUCCCUCGAGAUGAUCGAGUUGGUGCCCAGGGGCUUCCUGGACCCACCGGGCCCAAGGGAGACACUGGCAGCCGAGGCCCAAUGGGGAUGAGAGGCCCGCCAGGUCCUCAGGGCCCCCCAGGAAGCCCUGGCCAGGCCGGAGCUAUGGGAGCCCCUGGAGAGAGGGGACCUCCAGGCCCACCAGGGCCUCCUGGACCCCCUGGGCCCCCAGCCCCUGUCGGACCACCCCACACCUGGAACCCCCAGUAUGGGGACCCUUUACUGUCCAACACCUUCACUGAGACUAGCAGCCACUGGCCCCAGGGACCAUCUGGACUCCCAGGCCCCCCAGGGCCCAUGGGUCCCCCUGGACUUCCUGGUCCCAUGGGCAUCCCUGGGAGUCCUGGACACAUGGGACCCCCAGGCCCCAUUGGACCCAAAGGAAUCUCCGGCCACCCAGGAGAGAAGGGAGAGAGAGGACUGCGUGGGGAGCCUGGCCCCCAAGGCUCCACGGGGCAGCGGGGAGAACCUGGCCCCAAAGGAGACCCUGGGGAGAAGAGCCACUGGGGGGAGGGGUUGCACCAACUACGCGAGGCUUUGAAGAUUUUAGCUGAGAGGGUUUUAAUCUUGGAAACAAUGAUUGGGCUCUAUGGCUCCCCGGCCCAGCCCUCGGAGGCCGGACUUGCACCGUCGCUCUUCUUGAUCUCCCAUCAGGCUCCUAGCUUACAGAGCUUCCUGCAGCAGCAGGCUCAGCUGGAGCUCCUGGCCAGACGAGUCACCCUGCUGGAAGCCAUCAUCUGGCCAGAUCAGGGCUCAAGGACCAAAUCCCAGGCUUUUUCAGGUGUCCCUCACCACCUCUCAGGACUGGGAGAAGAGCCAGAAGGACUUUGGAGGCUCAGCCAAGUCCCCCAUCCUGGGGUUCUGCUCGAGGGUUCAUCUCCCCCUGGAAAUAUGGCCCAUCCUGAUCUACCUGAUCCACUUACUUAACAUAGAGAGGGACCGAAGUGUUGUUAGUAGCAGAAGAUUUGUUGGAGCAGGUAGGCCUUGCUUGGGUGUUGAAGGAUGAGUAGGAACUUUCCGGGUGGCAAGAAUGCCCAUUUUUCAGUUUCACUCUUGUGGGACAGCUCAUUUCCAGGUUGGGGCCUAUUUCACCAUAGCCAAAUUAGAACUGAUUUCCCUAAUUAUUGGAGUUGGCCAGGACCUCAGAGUACACCUGGUUUUAGAGAUGAGACAACUGAGACCCUGACAGAGAUUAGACUCACCCAAAGCUGUACAGUAGGUCAGUGCCAGAGCCUGGCCUUCCUAAACUCUUCCGCACCACAGGUGGCCUAACCCCAGGAAUGGGGGAGAGCAAGUCUAUUUCCUAACCUUAGCUUCCGCAGCUAUGAAACGGGGAUGAUUCAGGGCACACCUCUAUCCCAAGGUGUGGGAAAGACUUAUACUUUUAUGGAGCAUUCACUCUGUGCUAAGCAUUUCAGAGACACGACAGGUUGAUUGAUUCUCACUUGACAGAGAAAAUCGGAGGGCCCAGAGUGCUCUCAUUGGGUAGGGAGCUGAUAAUUCCGGGGGAGGGGGAGGCACUAACCAGUUUGCAAGUAUCUUUCUUUCUCACAGCUCUGCCUCCCAAAUGCCAGGGCAGUGUGCCUGGCAGAGUACCCAGCACUCUAGCCCCCAGAGGGCUGAAGGGAGAGGGGCACCUCACACAGACCUCACUAACCCUGCCUCUCUUCUUUC